UAACUCUCCCUAUUGUUGUCGGAGAGAAGGCAAAGGUGUAGUUUGGCAUCAUCGCCCUCAAAGAAACCUAAUCUCUACCUCUUCUGCCCCUUCUGUAAUUCCCGAUCACACCCUUCUCUCUUCCUCCACCCCCUCCUUUACCCAUCAUCGAUUUCUUCUUCUUUUAUUUUUACCCGCCAAAUUCAACUUCCCAUCUCCAACGACUCAUUUCCCCCAAUUCGAAACCCUAGAUUUCUGAUUCCCGGUGGCUUGGAUCUUCUCUUUUCUCGCGUUUCAGAUUUUGAUCCUCGUACUGAUAACGCAAAAGAACUAGUUACCUCUUCACGAGUGGGGGAUAUAUCAAAAGCUUGCUUCUACAAUGGCCAAUCGCGAUUUAAUGCUAGGACAGAACCACAACAUCGGUAUAACCCAAGAUCAAUCACUGGUCCUCAGUCACAACCACACGCUAGAACUUGGUCAAAACCACGACAUGGGCUUAGAACAACCUCAUCACGAACUUGACUUAGCACAUCAACAUGAAGAAGAUCACGAGCUAGACUUAGGAGUACACAACGAAAACCAAGAGGAAGAAGAACAUCAUCACCAUCAUCACGAUUACAUGAACGAGAACGAACUCUCUAUUGAUCAAAAGCCUGGACACGAAGACGAAGACGUUGAUCCAGAGAACCAAAUGUUCUCCUUAUCCGGCACCAACGAGAACCUCGAGCUAGCCAUCGACUCAACCCACGAGAUCGAAAUCGACCACCACGGCGAGAUGGUAAUGGUCACCACCCCCGUCCAAGCCCGCGCCCUCUCCGCCGAGUCAACCUACCAGCUAACCGUCGGGCAAGAGUUCCCAGACGUCAAGAGCUGCCGCAGAGCGCUAAGAGACAUGGCCAUCGCUCAGCACUUCGAAAUGCAAACCAUAAAAUCAGACAAAACACGAUUUACAGCCAAAUGCUCUACCGAAGGAUGCCCGUGGAGAGUCCACGCAGCUAAGCUCCCGGGCGUCCCGACGUUCACUAUCCGUACCAUCCACGAAAGCCACACGUGCGGAGGGAUCAACCACUUGGGCCACCAGCAGGCCUCCGUCCAGUGGGUGGCCACCUCCGUGGAGCAGCGUCUCCGCGAGAAUCCCAACUGCAAACCUAAAGAGAUUCUCGAGGAGAUACACCGCGUCCACGGCAUCACGUUAUCCUACAAGCAAGCGUGGCGCGGUAAAGAGAGGAUCAUGGCCACCAUGCGCGGCUCAUUCGAGGAAGGCUACAGGCUACUCCCUCAGUACUGCCACCAGGUCAAGAGGACUAAUCCUGGAAGCAUCGCUUCGGUAUACGGUUAUCCGUCCGACGACUGCUUCCAGCGUCUCUUCAUAUCCUUCCAAGCUUCCAUCUACGGGUUCCUAAACGCCUGCCGCCCGCUUAUUGGUCUAGACAGAACCUAUCUCAAAAGCAAGUACUUGGGGACGCUGCUUUUAGCGACCGGGUUCGACGGAGACGGCGCGCUGUUUCCGCUAGCGUUUGGGAUUGUAGACGAGGAAAACGACGAGAACUGGAUGUGGUUCUUGUGUGAGCUUCAUAAUCUUCUCGAAACCAACACCGAGAACAUGCCGAGGCUCACUAUACUAUCCGAUAGACAGAAGGGGAUAGUCGAAGGAGUCGAACAGAACUUCCCAACGGCCUUUCACGGCUUCUGCAUGAGGCACUUAAGCGAGAGCUUCCGUAAGGAGUUUAACAACACGCUCUUAGUUAACUACCUCUGGGAAGCGGCUCAAGCUCUUACCGUGAUUGAGUUUGAAGCUAAACUACUUGAAGUGGAAGAGGCUUCUCAAGACGCUGCGUACUGGAUCAGACGUAUCCCUCCGAGGCUGUGGGCCACUGCCUACUUCGAAGGGCAAAGGUUUGGACACUUGACGGCUAAUAUAGUCGAGUCGCUGAACUCGUGGAUCGGCGAAGCGUCCGGGCUUCCGAUUAUCCAGAUGAUGGAAUGCAUCAGGAGGCAGCUGAUGACUUGGUUCAACGAAAGGCGGGAGACCAGCAUGCAGUGGACUUCGAUACUCGUCCCAAGCGCCGAGCGCCGCGUGGCCGAGGCGCUCGAGCUCGCGAGGACCUAUCAGGUCCUCAGAGCGAACGAGGCUGAGUUCGAAGUUAUAUCUCACGAAGGGAACAACAUUGUUGAUAUAAGGAACAGGUGUUGUCUUUGUAGAGGGUGGCAGUUAUACGGUUUGCCCUGUGCGCACGCCGUGGCGGCGCUUUUGUCUUGUAGGCAGAAUGUUCAUAGGUUCACUGAGAGCUGUUUCACUGUGGCGACGUAUAGGAAGACUUACUCUCAGACGAUUCAUCCGAUUCCGGAUAAGAGUCUUUGGAGAGAGAUGUCUGAGGGAGAUCCGGAUGUGGGUAGAGCUGGUCUUGAUGUUGUUAUAAACCCGCCUAAGUCGCUGAGACCGGCUGGUAGGCCGAGGAAGAGGCGGGCUAGGGCUGAGGAUAGAGGACGUGUGAAGAGGGUUGUGCAUUGUAGCAGGUGUAACCAGACUGGUCAUUUCAGAACCACUUGUGCUGCACCCAUUUGAUCUGCAACACUCUUUAUCAACAGACGCUUGAAGAACAGUUACUAGUUUGUUAUUUAUUUCCUUUCUCUAUUUAUAUUUGUAUGCUCAGCUGUAGCAGUAUUGUACGCAUAAUAAACUCUUCUGUUUUCGUUUUAACAAGUCAUGAGAUUAAAUUUUAUUUUGAAAA